CCGCCACCAUGACCGCCCUCAGACGCAUACAGAAGGAAUUGACGGACCUGAAUAACAAGCCGAUCAAGGAUCUUACAGUUGAGCCAAAGGAGGACAACCUCUUCGAAUGGAACUGUGCGAUCAAGGCUUCUCCCGAUAGCCCCUACAAAGGCGGCACGUUCCGCUUCAAAGUUGUGAUCCCUCCUACUUUUCCUUUCAAACCGCCGACUGUAACAUUCUUGACAAAGGUGUAUCACCCCGGAAUUAACGAUGAAGGGCAUAUAUGCGUGCCUAUCCUGCGUGAUGAGUGGAAGCCUGCGAUCACAAUGUCCACAGUCCUCUCCGUUGUACAGGAGAAGCUGAACAACCCGAGCCCUGAUGAUCCAUUCGAGCCCGACGUCGCUGCUCAACUCAAGAAUGAGAAGCCGAAGUUCCUCGAGACUGCGAAAGAGUGGACUAAGAAGAAGAGGUCGGACGUGAAACGCAGCCAGGUUCCAGAGUCCCUGAGGGCUCUGUCACAGGUGUCAUACCAAUCUCAGGCGCCUUCUGAGCAGUCAGAGGGUAUCACCUUGCCUGGCUUACCUCCUGAAAGCGAUUUCCGAACGUCUCUCAUCCUGCCCGAUCUCACUCGACGGUUUUCUCUCCUGAGGACAUCUUCUGGGAAUCCCUUGUCAUUGGACGAGUUACGCAGUCGCAUCGCUGAACACAGGGCGAGAGGCGCCGAAAACCAGCUCACCGAGGAGCAAGAGGAUAUGAUAUUAGAGACCCUCAGGUUGCGCAUCAAAUAUGGCUCGUCUUCUACGCGAGAUGCGAAUAGCUCUGCUGACUCUAUGGCUGAAGCCUCAUCUGACCUUGGAGACGGCAGGCAAUCCAUGCGUUCCACAACCACCAUGAAUUCCGGCUCUGUACAGUACUCCCCGUCUUCCCCGCAUUCUAGCGGGCGACCUGGCAAGAGAUAUAGCAACAAUAUCUUCGGCUCUUCUCGUCUUAGAGAUUAUGGAUACCGCCGAAGCGUAUCUUCCCAGCGGAGCAUAGGCAGCGGUCGCAGUGCAGUUUCUGCGACGGCAACAGACACAUCUGGCAGUGGGAAUAUAUCCUCUGGAUGGAGGGGCGAGGGCCAGGGCUCGUUGUACUCCGACAGCUUAAGGCCGGUAACUCCAGAGAACAGAGGCACCGCGUCAGCGUCCACUUCUGUUACUUCCAGCCCUAAUGAGAAGACGCCACUUGCUCGUUCUGUUACAUUGAAUCCGGGUACGUCCACGGAGGAGAGCUCAGCUUCAUCCCAAGGGUCGACUGCGUCAGAACGGCGACCUUCCAGAGCGUUCUCUCCUGUUGAGCUUGUCCAUAUGUCUAUCGCUCUAGAGGAUGUUAUACGCGAGAUGGAGGAAGAAGCUGAAGACGAGAUUGUAAUGCCCCGCACCCCGGUUGCCCCGUCCGCAGUCUUAGAAAAAGGCUCUAGCCCUAGCAAGUCCGAGCAUGUUCGUCAUCUGUCUCACUCCUCCAGAGAAGCGCCAGCGACUGCUGUUUCUUCCGACAAGGCUGUUGCUCCCUUGGACUUUGAGUCCCAGCGUGGUUCUCCUUCUCUUUAUUCACGGACAGGAGCAACAUCUCCGAGGCUCCCUGGUUAUGUCCCUGGGAUGCCACGGCCUAUGACCCCUCGCGAUACAGGACUGGACUCAGAUGACCAGGGUCGGUCACAUUCCACGACUCCCCGUGCAACUUCGCCGUUGCAGUCAGGAUAUGUCGAGCGAGCGCCAACUGGCAUGUCGUCCAACUUCUCCACAGGAAUUGUAAGGAGGGAUUCGAGCGCAUCCACUCGGCCCCAUCGGGUAGGUUCUCCGCUCGGAGGGACGUCCUUGUUUACAGCUAGGAGCAUAAAUGGACGGUUCACUCCUGAGGAUAGGGUAAGGAAGGGCGAAGACUCGUUUGGCCAGCAGGCUACCAACGGUGACGCCGCGCAAAGUAGGAGACCGGCUUCGCCUUUCUUAGGUAACUCCUAUCAGCGAAAUGCACCGUCGUCGCGCCCUGGUACUCCAUCAAAUAUUCGUUGGAAUACGGCAUCGAGCUCUUCGAUUUCCAGUGUGCCCCGAGCCAACGGGGCAAAUGGCAGCAUAUCUGGACAUAGUAGAUCUGACAGUGUUAUGAGUGGCACAGAUACCAACACCGACAUCCAUGGUAACCUCGAGAGAUCGAAGUCCACUAGUCGAUCUCUUCGGUCGCCCGCUCUCCCUGAUUCUCCUCUGCUUGACAAUGGCAAUACGAGUAUCAUGUCGCGCUUUGAUGGCACGUCACCCCUAGAUGUCAAUAGACCACCUUCUUCCAUCGCCGGUGAUCUAGGUUCCCCCAUUUUGAUGGCGAGUCGCCCAGUACGUUCUCCUACGCCCACUCAAAACAGUGCUCGAUCUCCUACGCCGGGUGCGGGCGCCGAUCACGACGUCGUGUAUCGCAAUGGUGGGGUUCGGUCUGUCGGACGAAGUCAACCUUCCUCUCCCUUCUCGCCUAAUGGCCUCGUGUUCUCACCAAUUGCGAAUUCUUCACACUCGUCCCUUGAAUCAGCAGGUUCGAGCUAUCAUUCAUGGGACGAGGAAGGCAAGCAAGAUCGUGUCUACGGCCUCUUCAAGGAUCUCGACCCCGAGCAACCUCCGUGGCAUGAGUUAGACAGUACCAACACCGAUUCUGCGGCUCUAGGGAAUAACGCGGACGACGACUGGGAUCCGGAGGAUAUUAUACGCCGCUAUGCUGGCUUGACCAAGGCUGACUUUGCCGCGAUCCAGGAUAAGUUAGUGAGAGCUGCUUUCUUUAAGACGACGACGCCAGAGAGCAGGCCGCCUUCAUUGAGACGGCGAAGGCCGUCUACCUCGCAUUCACUCCACGCUGCGGAACCUAGGGCCACCAGUCCUGCCCCACAAGCACCCCCUCCAACGAACCAAUCGCCUCGCUCGUCCAAUCCAGACAAUUUUGCGAAAGCGAAUGCUCUUCUCAACUCUGUCAUCGAUAGUAUACAGUCGCCCCGGUUGAACGCGGCUGAUCACGACAAAGCUGAGAGUCCAAGAGAAGAACCCAAGGCAGAGUCUUCGCCGCUGCUCGAGCCGUCUUCUCCGUCUAGUCCUCGUCGACGCAGAAAAGAUCUUGAUGAUGUCCUAUUUGGUUCGCAGGAACGUGACGAGUUCUCGAGCGCAGCUGUUCUUGCGCCUUCGUAUCUUGACGCCGAGGUUCCCGCCGCUUCACUAGGUCCAUCUAUCGCUACUCCUGAUGUCAUUUCAGUCGAUGAUACCACACCGACGUCCGUUAUCGACAUGGUGGCACAGGCUGAAUCUGAAUCACGUGCUGUUGUCACUCCGCUAUCUCCAAAAAGUCCUUUACUUGUGGAUCCUGUAGAGCUGGCCAAGGAUGUACAGCGGCGAGCCGAGGAAGCAACCGCGGCUUUGCGUAAGAUACCCUCCAACUCCAAAUUGCGCGAGUCUCGAAAACGCAUCAAUCCAAACCAGAUUUCUUCCCCUCAGCUGGUUAUGGCUUCCACAAGUGUGGAUGCCAUUCCCCUCCCUAGUCCAUCACCCGUUGCGGGCCACGCACAAGCUGCGAAUACAUCCAAGAUUGGACAACGGAUACGCAGGAUACGCGGUACAUUCCGACAGAGACCGCCGGCACUAAAUGGCGAGGAAGUCACACCAUUCCCUCUGGAUCUCAAGCCCAACCAAUCGCCGCCUGCUCGAGAUGAUCAAGCUCUUCAGCACGAAGUACCGAGCAUGCAGCUGCCACUGAGUGCUGUAGAUGCCCCUAACGUCAAAGUGACGUUGCCUAGUCCUCCUGCAUCAGCACCCGGAUUCAGAGGACUGAUAUCGCGGUGGCGUAAACCGCGCAACGCCGACUUCUUGCCCGAACAAGAAAGGUCGGGUCCGGUUGCGUAUACCUCGGCAGGCGCAUCUUCCGUCACGCUCCCCCCCGGCGAGCGCAAUACUGCUGCUCAAAUAUAUUCGGCUCCGGCUCAUCAUACAGAAUUCCCGACCGUGCCUUCAUUAGACCAUGAUUCGCCCUCCAAACUCACUCCGUCAGGUGCGACAGAUCAGUCGAACUCUUCGAUGAUGGCGGCAACGCCGUCAGAUCAAGAUGAGAAGGCUUUGAAGCAGCUCUUCGAUGCUGCCUCUAACUUGGGCCUAGAUCAGGAGGCGCUGAGCGAUCUACUUGUCCGUUCUACUUCUACAUCGUCACGUCCUUCGACGUCCAGGAUAACCAGAAACACUUCUCACGCUCAGAGCAUCCGUAGUCAGAAGCCUUCGACUUGGGAUAGAGCGCGCUCCCCGAUGCAAUCCGAUGGCAGACCCAGUCUAGACAGUUUCUUCGCUCGGCCCGCUGAGAACGUAGCACGAAAGCUGUCUUUGCGAAAUCGUACUGAGGCCAAGGACAAUGAGACGCAGCGCAGAGACGCCGAGGAGAAGCUGCCAGCCAAUGCCAUCGUACGAAGAACCAUCAUCAUGCCGUCCGAUACUAGAGCCUCUGCGAUUGACUGGAGCCUCUUGACACGCAAGACUUCGAAACGACAGCGGCCCACCAGCACUACCUCAGCGCAAUCAAAUCGUUCGGUUCAUGACCGCGCCCCGACGCCGCCGCCACCAAAGUCUCCGGCGACCCGACGGUUCUCUAACGAAGCAUCUCCUCCUGUACCUCAGCUACCUUCGACCGGUUCGGCGACGAGACCUGAUGGCAAUCUUCAAGUGCCGCUGUCCAGCUUUGCCGCGCCAUUGGAGAAGUCAAGCUCUGCCUAUGACUCUUUGUAUGAUAUGUACGCGAGUGAGGGUAAAGCCCCCUUAGCCCAGGCUGCGGGUUCGCAUGAGAGGGAUACAUUACCCGGAGUUGAUUCUGAACGACCGUCGACUACUGAGCCACCUCCCGCCAUCGAAGUAGUGGAGAUGGCAAAUGGAGAGACCAUAUGGUCGAUCGUGAAUGGCUUACGUGACGAUGAUGGCGAGUCGAUAUACGCCAGUCGAGCGAGCUUCCUGUCAGAAUACUCUCUACAUGACUCAAGUCAGGACGGAAUGCAAGUGUUCUUCAAAGAGCACGGAAGGAAAUCUUCCAAGGGUAGCAACACGUCCUACCUUUCUCAUAAGAAAUCCCCGCUCGCUCAAAACCGUCCAGAGACUAAAGUUUUCUACAGUUCUCCGGCGCAGAUUGGGCGUUUGAUCGAGAACCUGUCUGAAGGUUUGGAUGCCGGCUCGUUCAAUUUCGCAUCUCGUGGGCACGAUCAUUCCGAGGCUGAGACAAGUUUGUCCGUGGAGGCUAGAUUGGAGCAGAUGCUUGGCUCGAUGGGACACAGUUCGUGAUCAUUUACUCUGCUGACUUUAUUUUUGGUCAUCUUCACGGAGAUCUUGCCUCCAUCUACCCUGUGUCUAGUACAACGUUAUGCAGUCCGCAGGGACAACCGGGAUACAUUGGUAUAUUACUUAAACGUGUAAUGUCUGGGACUAACGAAACAUAGAGAAUGUCAGUAAUAAAUUAUCAUAAUCCCUGGAGAUCAAGCCAGCG